AUGGACAACCGCAAAAAUACGAACCAUCGUGAGAAUGACGCGCUUCAAUACUUAAUUGACAUGGGUGACGAUAUCAGACUCAUAAUCCAGUUCAUUGUUGGCGCUGUCUUCGCUGGGCAGCUCAACACCGGCAUUAAUGCCUUGUUCAUGCUUACCUAUAUAGGUAGUAGCCGGUACUGGUAUAAUCGUGUGCGCGCCGAAGUUGAUGCCGUGGUGGACAAGUAUGCACCCGAUCGCUCUUUGCCGCUGGGGCAGCGUGUUGAAGCCAUUCCAAUUGAAGCCUGGGAGUCCGAGUUUCCUCUCCUUGACUGCUGUCUCACAAAUAGUAUUCGUCUGCAGUUGUUAAAAACUAUGUAUCGUCGCAACAUGGGAGCCGAAGACGUGAAGAUUGGUAAUGAGAUUGUCCCAAGUGGUACCUUUUUGACCUACCAUAUCUCAGAUGUUCAUCAAGACCCAGGCAUCUAUCUGGGACUGUUGAAAUGGGAUCCCAGUAGAUAUUUUGCGGAGCGUGCUGAAGAUAAGAAGAAGCCAUUCUGUUGA